AUUUUGCACUAUGUGGGAGGCGUUAGCUAUUGUAGUCGUAUUACUUUCCUUGUUAUGGAGCCUGACUGGAAGACCAAAAGGACUCCCGCCUGGUCCUACAUGUUACCCCAUCAUCGGCAAUGUCGGACUCUUCAAACCAUCAGAGGCAUUGAAAGCUCACAGGAGACUGAGGAAGAUUUAUGGAGACAUCUAUACCUUAAUGAUUUUCCAUAAACCUAUCAUAUUUGUACACGGAUUUGACAACAUACGGGCAUUACUGGUCAAACAUGGCGAUGCCACCUCUGAGAGACCAAGAUCCCUAUCCGGUGAUAUGGCUGAAGGAAAUGGUGUGUUGUUUGCAUCAGGGCCUUUAUGGAAAGAAACGAGAUCUUUUGCACUGACGACAUUACGUAAGUUUGGAUUUGGGAGGCGUUGUUUGGAAAGCCAGAUCAUGGAAGAAGUAGAUUGUUUGAUGGAGAAAUUGGAAGAAAAUGAAAACGAGGCAUUUGACAUUCAAAGUGUACUAAAUGCAUCUGUAGCUAACGUUAUAUGUUCGCUUUUAUUCGGUAGACGAUUUGAGUAUGAUGAUACAAGAUUUAAGCACUUAAUUGAUCUGUUGUCGAGAGCAUUCAGUAGUGUCACGAUAUCUUCUCCAGUAUUUCUUUUUCCAUCUUUGCGGCACACCGGCAUCUUUAACAUUGACAUAUACCUGAAUAAUGUUAAUGCUUUGAAAGCAUUUCUGAAUGAAAAAAUAGAGGAACACAGAGAAAAUUUUGACGAGGACCACAUCAAUGAUUUCAUCGAUGCUUUUCUUCAAGAACAAAAACAAAAAACAAAAGAAAUCAGCGCUACAUUCACAGAUAAACAUCUGAACCAAAUUUUAAGGGACUUCUUUGCUGCAGGAACUGAGACUUCUUCUACAACAUUGAGAUGGGCGCUUCUGUUCUUGAUUCAUUAUCCACAUUGGCAGAAAAAACUUAAAAACGAAAUCGAUGACAUUAUAGGUCAGGGACAACCCAAGAUGGUACACAAGGAUCUAUUGCCAUUGGUAGAGGCAUUCAUUCUGGAAACUCAGCGACUUGGAAAUGUUGCACCCAUGACAGCUCCACAUGCAGCCAAGGAAGAUAUCAUGUACAAAGGGUAUCUUUUUUCUAAAGGAACAUCAGUACUCUUUCUUUUGGAUUCCGUAAUGAUGGACCCAGAAACAUUUCCCGAACCUUCAAAGUUUAAACCAGAGCGGUUUUUAGAUGACAACGGGAGAUGUCGUGGAGACUUGAAAGACAAGUUAAUCACCUUUUCCGUAGGGCCCAGGACGUGUCUAGGUGAAUCACUCGCCAAAAUGGAGCUUUUCUUGUUUUUCACCAGAUUUCUACAGAAGUUUGAGAUAAAACCAGAGGAUCCCGAGUGUUUGCCUUCUCUAGAGGGAAAGCUUGGAUUAACUCACACACCUCAACCAUUUAACUUGAGACUCAUUAAACGAUAAAGUUGACUUAUCUGCUAGCCUCACCGAUACUUCUAUUUCACAGAAUGAUUGAAAUAAUCAUCAAGAAAUAGAGCGACUUUUCAGAUAUCUAUAUUUAUAUCUUUAAAAAUAUUCAAAUUUAAAAUCUGUGACUUUCGUAUCCAUUGUUUCUGUACUUUAAGACUGUUCUCUGCAUACUAAAAAGACAAUCUCGCUGGGUCCCCUGA